UCUUUUGUUAUUAAAACAUUUUUUUUAGAAAUAGUAAAUCACUUACUUCUUUAAAAUACACUGAAGAUGUGACAUAUUUCUCGAAGCAUAAAAAUCUGAUUCGUCAUAUGUUUUCGCGACCGUAUUCGGUUGGAAAUACAGCUUCUUAAACUGGAUAGCGUCACACAACCUCACGGAGCAUCGAGGAAACUCCUUACUUAAGCAACGACCUGUAUCCCGUAACUAACUCACCUUUGAUAAAAGCUUUUGUAUCAGAAUGGAUCAUGAAUGAUGGACAUUUCAGCCACUGUUCUGAGUUUUUCACCUUUGAGAACCCCUAGAGAGAGGAAAACAUUGCAAACGAGUGACACAGAGUCAGUGUUGACAUCGGACCUCUGCAACAUUGCAAGCUCAGUUACCAAUAGACUGAACAGUGCCGCGCGUAAUGAGAUGCCUUCCGAUGAUGACCUCUUUCUGACACAGAAGUUUCAAAGCCCUAAGAAGAAUUUCACAAGAAAUCGAGCACCUGUCACAAUGAAGAAUAGACAUAUAAGCAAUUCAGAUUCUUCAGGCCUGGCAUCAAGCUCUGAGUCUGAUCUUGAUCAUAAAGUGAAAAAGAGUCCCACACAAGGCAAGAACAUAAAGAAAAGUGUGAGCUUCAUCAAUGACUCUGAAGAUUCUAAUAUAAGCUCAGAUGAUGAGGUAGCAACUAACAAAGGUCAAAACAAAUCUGUAGCAGAAACAAAUAUUAGCAUUUCCUCAAGAACUAAAUCACCUUUAAAAGUAAAAAGUCCAAAGAAAAGACAAAUUUCAUCGAGUGAUUCCUCAGACACCAACCAGAAUGCUACAGCAAGCAAAACACAUUCAGGUAGGGAAACCAGUAAGAAAACGGUGCAAAGUUCACACAAGGGUUCCCAAAAGAAAGGAAAACCUGCUCAUGUCAGUGAGUCAGAAUCAACUGAUUUGUCAGACAGUGAAUCAGAAGAGGAAGUUGUUACACAUACCAGUAAAGCACAGCAGCAGGCUGAAAGCAGUUCAAGUUCUGAGUCUUCUGACCUCUCUGACUCUUUGUCGAAGAAAGAAACCAAGUCCAGUAAAUCAAGGAAACAGACUGGUACAGGAAGAAGGAAGACACAUGCUCUAAGUGACUCUGAUGAAGAAGGCCACCAGUCUACACAGCUGGGACAGAAGUUUAACAGCCCUAAGAAGAAUUUCACCUCAAAUCGAGCACCCGUCACAAUAAAAAAUGGACAUAUAGACAAUUCAGAUUCUUCUGGGCUGGAAUCAAGCUCUGAGUCUGAUCUUGAUCAUGAAGUGAAAAAGAGUCACACACACGGCAAGAAACUCAAGAAAAGUGGGAACUUCAGUGAUGACUCUGAAGAUUCUAAUGUAAGCUCAGAUGAUGAGGUAGCAACUAACAAAGGUCAAAACAAAUCAGAAAAAAAUAACAGCAAUUUGGCGAGAAUUAAAUCACCUAUAAAAGUGAGAAGUCCAAAGAAGAGACAAAUAUCAUCAAGUGAUUCCUCAGACUCCGACAGAAGUUCCAGUAACAUAGUGCGCAAGAUUAAGCCAAGCAGCCCUGUCAAAAAAGUAAGUUUUAAUAAACAACCGCCAGUGGAGAAUCCAAACAGUGGGAGUGAAUCGGAAUCUUUAAUUAAGAAGGGUUCUAAAUCCAUCAAGAAAGCCUCAGUAAGCAAAACACAUUCAGGCAAGGACACCAGUAAGAAAAUGAUGCAAAGCUCACACAAGGGUUCUGCAAAGAAAGGAAAACCUGCUCAUGUCAGUGAGUCAGAAUCAGAAUCAACUGAUUUGUCAGACAGUGAAUCAGAAGAGGAAUAUGUAACUCCUGCUGGCAAGGAACAGGAAAAGGAUGACACUGGUUCAGAGUCUGAGUCUACAGACCUCUCUGAAUCCUUGUCAGAUGAAGAAGAUGUGCAGUCCAGCAGAUCCAGGAAACAGACUGGUACAGGAAGCAGGAAGACUCAUGAUGUAAGUGACUCUGAUGAAGAAGGUAACCAGUCCAAGCACUCUGGUGCCAAUGGUGGGAGACAGAAAGGGAAACAUGAGGGACAUGGUAGAGAGAUUGGAAGAAAACUACCAGCAAAUACAAAACUUAGGUACCAGGUGCCUGAACAUUUAACUGAAGACUCUGAUGGGGCAAGUGUUUGUUUGACGGAAGAAGACCUAAAGGGCAAACAACUAUGGCUUAUCCAAGCUCCAGAAGAGGUGAACAUGAAACAGCUGCAGGGCAUGGACCUCACGUUGCUGGGAUCCAGCGUCAUCACUUCCAUCCCACAUGAUGAGGGUGAAGGCCGACAAUAUGAGGUGAUUGUCCGACCGCAAACAAACCAGCAGGGUCCAAGUUACCACAGCAUUGCUCUACAUGGUGAACACAAUCUGGUCCUAGGUCACAGGGUUCAGGGCCUGAUACAGAUCACAGAUUGGAUCCCUACCCCACCCCCAGUCCAGCUUGUGAAGACUCCACCCCCAAAACAUACCGUGCCCUCUGACCUUCGAUCUUCAUACAGGAUGUAUGGCUCAGCUUCCCCCAAGAGGUACACCACCAACAUAUCUGUCCACGAACCCCAGGGAGCUCUUUCCAGAAAACAGAAAAAGAAGAAAAAGAAGAAACAUGAAGAGAUGCCUACAGCAGAUGACACACCUUCCACUUAUGUAGCAGACAACAGUUUCACCACUUCCAGGAAAAGGGCCUUUGUAGCAGACAACACAAAAGACAGUGAAGAUGACUUUGAAAUGACUCGUAUAAAAGUGGCAAAGACAGGCUUGGGGCAUACUAAAAAUAAGCAAAAACAUAAGAAAGACAAGAAAAAGAAGACUUAAUAAUGUUCACAUCGUUCUGUUAUGGAUAAAAUAGUAUCAACCAAAUACACAGAUAAAUAAAACCAGAUUAAAUGA